UUCAGAUGGUGCACCAGUUCCCGAGGACGUAGUCAUGCACGAGGAUUCCAUAGCAUCGGCUUCGGAAACCGGUGAUGAUUAUGCGGACGGCGAUGAUUCCGACAUGUAUAUGGAGACCGAUGGUGGAGAAGAGACGAUGACGGAUGAUCACGAUGAAAGUCCAGCGGAAAGGAUUGAGUUAGAUACGACGACAAUGAAAACAAAUGACAAGUUGAAUGACACGAGUACGAAAGAAAUUGACGGGAAAGAUCAGGAAACGAAGAAUACUGAAUUAUCUCCUCAAGUUCAGCAACCAUCUCAGGAUGCUGAUAAAAGCUUGGAAACCGAGAGUCAAAACUUCUUUCCAUCUUUCGCUGAAUUAUUCAGUAAUCACAGAUUACCAUUGAACGAUCAACAACAAAGAUACAGACCCAACAGGUUCUUGGGUUAUUUUCAACGUGAUCGUGGAGUCUACCAAACAACAUCGGCAUCUUCGAAAGAGGUGCAACAUCCUCUUUUGGGUUCCGGAAAUUUCGGAGUUAUUCGGGGUGGAACUUACUAUCCCGAAGAUAAAGAGAACGAUGAGUAUGCUGUUGAAGAUACUCUGUAUAAUCCUUACUAUCAUGGUACGUCUGGUCGUGCUCGUGCCAAUUACUAUAGGAACCCUAAACCUCAACCAGUUAGGGGAGGAGACUUUUUCGCGAAUUUCCGUGAUUUUGCGGACAUCACGGCACCACCUAAGUCGAGUUUCUCUCAUCUUUCGGUUGUAUACGCUAACAAGAAUGGUAGCACUACGGGACGUAUCACGGAACCGAGAAACAUCAUCGAAACUUUGAGAAUGUUGGAGGAAGAGGAACAACGAUCAAAUGGUUUAGAAACGGCAACUACCGAAAUCCCUAGGAAGAAGCUUAGCAAAGGGAAAAGGAAAUUGAUCAAGAUGAAACAAUACGACGAGGAUAAGGCGAGAAGAUCUCGCGUAUCGGUCGAACCACUUUUAGCAUUGAGUUGAAAACUUAAUUCGUACUUAUUAGUGUUUACGGUUUUAGAGUGAGGGGGGACGACAAACUUUGGGAUAACGUCCUAAGCGUAAAUAAUUUAGCACUGGAGAAAGUUCGAUAACUAAGGUCCCUCCCACCCUCCACCAAUUACUCUUUCGAUUGUAGGAGGUAUGCGAAAAAUGCGUGCUAGUUUAUAUCAAUCGCAUCGAGAUUGAGUUAUUCAUUAUCUUUUUUCUUAUUAAAUUUCUUUAGCAAAAUUGUUCAUUUCUCGAACAAUAACGAUCCAACAAAGUGGGUCAGAAGUAUAAGAUAUAAAUAUCGUUAUCGAUGAUGCGAUAUAUACGUAAUAUCGUAAUAAUAAUAACUACAUUAACACUAUGACGUCCGGUGGCUCCACAUUGGUGCCAUGCGAAAGAUUUCGGGUAAAUGCCGGU